GAAACAGAGGAGAACAUUCAGUAGGAGGUUUGAGGGUAAGAAUCUGACGGACGUCUAAGACAGACCAUGUGAGGUGAGUCAGCACACUUUGAACUACUAAUUAGGGGGGGUUUGUGAACAAAUUACUCUUCAGGCUCCACAUUUGGAAUUCAAAUCUAUAAAGAUGAUGUUUUAUGCGAGAAGUAAUGUUGUGCGUUCGUAUUAAAGUCUCAGAAGUUCAUCUAUGCGUGAAUGUGUUGCUUAGUGAUUCAGUUAUGUGUCCCUUUUCACUGGUUACACAUUCACAUGAUGUUAGCAAGCAAGACAUUGGUUGGUUUAGUCUUGAUCAAACAGAGGUAUACGAGUUCGCUCAGGCCACAAAAUAGAGUGAAUAAUUUGUACUUAUAGGAAGUUGUAUGCAUUACAAACGUGACAGCUGUUAAACAUGUGAUACUCAGUUAGUGGUUUCACUUCAGAUGUGCUUAAUGUUGGUCUCUGAGCUGUUGCUGAAUUUAAUUCAACGGACAAGGAUGAACAGUCUAUGACUCACUGUAAACAUCUUGGCCAUAAAUACCUGCAUGUGGACCGGCAGGCAGGGCUUAAAGACUUUAGAGAGUGUGACAUAUUUUAUUUCUUUGAAUACAGUCCCACAUUUAAUUUUGUAUCCAUAUUCCUUUUUGGAUACUACCACAACUUUUUGUUGGUUUGGCUGUCUAAUUGAAACUUGAAUCACAGUUCAGUAAUUCAUGAAUUAUUUAACUGUAUCUAUUUUGUUGACUUGUGACGUUAAUUAAUAAUUUAGAAGAAACAUGACAGUUGAAGCUGAUAUGAUUAUGAAAUUUAAAGGGAGUAGUAAUGAGAGUCAAAGCGAUUAAUUUAUUGCUUACUAAUAGCUCUUAUUUUUCUCUUUGAUUGAAUCAACAGACCCAGCUUUGUGAAAUAUGUAAAAAUCUUAUAUUGUGGCAGAAAAAUAGUAUCUGAAGUUCAGUCUAUAGUUUCUGCUAGGCAAAGUACCAAAGAACUAGCCCAACUCCUUUCAAUGGUUUUAUUUCACAGAUGUUGUAAAGUUCAUUAUAUUUAUUAUUGUUGGCUAACCUGCUGUCAUUCUGCCAUGUUGUUAUCACACACUGUUGACUCUUCGUACCUCAACAGCUGGGCAUUAACAGCUCCAUGAUGUUGGUGGUUUUCUUAUUCCAUGAUCUGCAAGGGACAGCUAGGUUAUUUGAACUCUGUGUGUAGAUAUAUUUUCUAUUGUGUAACAGCUGGGAAAAUCAAACAUGAUGUCAUUGUUAAAGCUCCUGUGAGGAGUUUUUUGACGUCAAUUAAAUAGAAAGAAAUUUUUAUAAUGUCCAAAAACAAACAAGGCCAUCGAGGACAAAACUGACCAUUUGUAUAUUGUCAUUUUUAAUGCCUGAAGCUGGUUUCAGGAAGAAGGAGCAAACCGGGCAGAUGAGAAAGCAGCUUUGUUUUGUAAAUUUCACAUUAGAAAUUUACAAUAAACGAUUCAUUUGAAUGUCAAAAUUCAGUAGAAACUACUCAAGCAAGUAAAGCUAGGACUGCUUUUUCUACAGGGGGUGCCAUUAGUGACACAGAGAGUUCCUCACAUGAACUCAGAUCCUCGGUGGCCCUUAACUUUGGUGUCACACUCAAGACUUAUGAUCCUGACAAUUGUGUUUUAUGCUUUAAGUAAUAUUAGGCUUAUUUUAACAAACCACUUGAUCAGCAUCGAAAAACAGCCAGUACGUUGUUAGCUUAAACAUAUGGCCCAGUGAACCUGUAGAUUUCAUCAUUUAUUGUCUUUAAGUUCUCCCUUAGGACAAAAUAUACAGUAUUUUUGCAGCCUAUUUACAACAUUGUGCACAGCAGUAUAACAUGAUAACAGCAAUAGUUUGUUGUCAGAGGAGAAUAGCCAUUGUGUUGAUAUAGUGACUAUAUAAUGGAGAGCAGAUGCACACAACACCUGGUUAAUUUAUAGUUGUUAAUGAGUCGAUACAUAGGCAGUGACAUAUGUCGAGCAAAGCUAAAAUCGCUCAUAUCAUACAUAAGUGUUGAUGUUAAGAGUGCAAGUAAGCAACAGUAUACAAGUGAAGGUCGCACAUGGCUCUGCCUUAUGUGAACAGCAUGUACAGGAACAGAGUACAUUUACCAGCUGUCCGGCUCACAUUGAUUAAAGUAUCAUAUGACAGGCUCCUGUAAUCAAUAGUCUUCAGGUCAGUCUGCAGAGCAAUUCUUAAUAUAACGAAAGAAACAACUCAGAUGUCUUUUCUGAGAGAAUAUGCUUUGUCUUGCAUAUUCUUCUCAUGUUCAAGAUGAUAGAUUUUUUCCCCCCACAUCUCCCAAACUGGGAAGGGAGCUCAUUCAUUAUGCAACGGAUUGUAUAAUGAUCUCAAGUUCACAUUGUGAUACCUUCGUGUUGUGUUUCAGCUGUUACCUCACUGUCGAGGAUCACUCAAAGUAAAAUGAGAGGGAGAAUCGUGGGUCACCUGCUUUUAUCUCAGUUUGUAUGAAAUCCUCUCUGACCCUUUGGUUCUAGUGGCAUCAAACGUGCAGCAGACCAGGGGACAUGACUUGCUCUUCACUCUGUCUGUGCAGAUUAAACACAGUCACCAUGGAAACUAGAGUGUUUGUGCCAGAGGGGGACCUUCUGACAUUAUUAAAUAACCUUAAAACCAGUUAUUUUCUGGAUGGCCGGGUACAGAUGAAACAAGAGCUUAAUGUAACUGACACUGACAGCUUGAGGAAACAAAGGGUAACAUCUGCAGUUAAGAUGACGAUUAUUCAACUGGUGUGCACUUUGAGUGAAAUGUUUUUAAGUGUUUAAAGUAAUCGUGCUCACAAAUUAUUGAUGAUUACAUCUAUUUACACUUGAUACUUCUUCACUGUAACUUAGUUGUUUUCACAUCUUGACCUUUUCUCUACAACUUCAACUUCAAAUACAAAAAGUUAAAAAUUUCAGUUGGCCAUACUUCGCUGUUAUUUGGUCCUAAGUGCUGUCAACGGGUCUGGUGUGGUCUGUCUACUUCCUUUCAGACCACACACAGCUUCAACAAGCUUUAGCAAAUAAAAACUGGCUUUCACCCCCUCUGUUUGCAUUAGCUGUGGAGCCACAGGCUGAAGCUACUGAAACAACUCCACUUAUCCAAAAUUGGGGAAGCCUUCUUACCGUACCAAAUAUCAGGGCAUCUUUUCCAUUUGAAUCAUCUCCCCAAGGUUGAGAGUUUUUGUUACACUAUUUCUUACCAUAAUUUUAAAGCCAAAUUUUCUUUGUUUGGUAAGACGUGCUCCUAGAAACUGAAAUUCACUCCCUGCAACCUUGUUAGGAUUAAUACAAAUGAUUAAAGUAAUGUAGCUCCCAGAUUGCUUUGUUUCGGUCAAAUAAUUCUAUUAUUUUUAAUCCAGUCCCAAAGAUGUGAACAGUUGCCUCAGUACUUUCAUUUGGGGCACACACAGAUAUAAAAGGAUGUUGCUGCAAUUAUCAGGUAUUGUGGCUGGCUUAGACUCACCAGAUAUCAAAAUUUACCAGCUGUGCGCUCACAUGAGUGAGUCUUCCUGUAUCUGGCUAGACACUGAGUUGUAAUUCCUAAAUUGUAGUUUAAAGGGCAUACUAUGUAUGGAAAAUUUCAGGAAUAUUGGAAGGAACUGCACUAAUUUAACACAAUCAAUCCUCUGAAAGCAUGGUGACCAGAGGAGGUCCAAGUCAACUUCAACGUUUAUUGCAAUAACAGACAAUCCUGAUUUAUUUGCCAGGGACAUUGAAUUCUGGUUCCCAGCUAUUACCAAACAAGGAUUUCUGUUUGCAAAUAAGUCUAAUCUCAUUAAAGCAAAGAAAUGCCAGCUCACAAAACUGGACUUUUGUCCUGUUUCUUACAAAUUAGCCAAAGUAGAGUUUAACUUAUAUGGAUCAUCCAGAGCUAUCUGAAGUUGGGGAAACACUAUUUGAACAAGCUGAGAAUAUGUGUUUGAGCUCACUCUAUGACAAAAUGUGUGGCCCAUCUCCUCAUGAUACACAAGAAAAUCAAAACAAAGUCAGUUCAGGUUGGAGUUAUACAUAAAACACAAAACACAUACAGUGUUUAUCCCCAACACAGACUCCUUUAAUCCCUCAAUCUCCCCUCUGUGUCUUGAAUUUAAGCCUGAAACAGGAACUGUAAUCCACUGUUCAUGUGUGUUCUGCAGAAAUACCGGUUUGAAAUCCAGUAUUAAAAUUAUCUCACAUAAAUUUGAAAUUAGAUCUGAUGCAUUUGGAAAAUGUGAAUCUGUUGCACCAUGAAGCUUGUUAGGUCUGUUGCAGACAGGAUAUACCGGCUUAAAUUAACUUUCAGUUAACCUGAGACACAAGAUAAAGACAGAGUUAGAAAGACAGAGGUUGAGUGGAGGAACUGCAGGUAUUUUUUUUUUCUAUUACUGAAACAGUGGCUCCAUAUUUCAACACCAGAGGUUGCCACUACAACCUGACAGGCAAACUCGGAACAAAAUGUCAGGAUGCUCUUGUAAAGGUCAGUGCUUUUAGCCAGUAGUUUUACAUACCUACUGAUUCAGAUGAAAAUACAGACACAUUUUUAUCAGCUCAGAUAUUUUCCUCUCUAGAGACAUCACUUGCAACACAUUUUACAGAAGCUCUGGUGACAUAAUGGCUGUGAAAUUUUUAUGAGCGUGGUGGUGUUGGGGUAAAAGAAAAAAAAAAAGAAGAUUUGAGCCAGCGGAAGAGGGGCAUGCUGUGUUUAUCUCUGAACACGUCAGCUGCACUCUUCAGAUCAUUUAUGAACUGCAAUUUCCGCUGUCCUUAUUUAAACAUUGAUAGUACAUAUCCACUCUUAUCAGCGUCACUGCAAACACCUCAUAAGAUUCAUAGUAAGGACAAAAAUGUCAUAGGGAAAGUCCCUAAGAUACUCAAAAAGAGUGUAAUUAUACUAAACAAAUACAUUAUCAUGAUUCAUCUUUUUCUUCCUGCGUUCGGUAGCUACUACAAAGUUUACAUACAGUAAUAUUUAUGGUACUAGACUGGAGUAAGAAGGAAGUCUGUUUUUAGUAACAGGUGUCAUAAAGCCACAGGUGCUGAUAUUCUGUUAUCAGAGUCAACAAUAUCCAACGUUGCUUGUGUGUCACCAUUUUUUUUAAGACACAUGUUUAGGUAGAGGGGUUAGCUAAGGUUCCAAGUCCUUAUGUCAAUACUGAAUCUUUGAGAGUUAUAGUUGCUUCAUAAAGACUUAAAGCUCAGGAUCAUACAGCACCAGUAUGAAUUCAGGCUUUAAAUGAUGAUUUAGCUUAAAUGAGGAACAAUAUUGUACACACUCAGUCAAAUAUUUACACAUCAUACCGCAAUAAGAAAAUUUGAGAGCUAUCAAUCUGCACGAAAUGUCUUCUGUAUUUUAUGGGUGCACAUCAGAUGGCCUUGUCGUAAGAUGACUAAUUUUCUGUUGACAAGAAAAACACAAUCAGAAACGCACAGGGGCUACAGGCUGUUAGAGCUGGAUGUCUCUUUUCAUUGACUUUUAAGUUUUACUACAAAACCCAAUUCCAAUGAAGUUGGGAAGAUGUGUAAAUCAUAAAUAAAAACAGAAUGCAAUGAUUUGCAAAUCCUUUUCAACCUAUAUUCAGUUGACACUACAAAGACAACAUAUUUCAUGUUCAAAUUGAUAAACUUUUUUUUGUAAAUAAUCAUCAACUUUAGAAUUUCGUGGCAGCAACACGUGACAAAGAAGUUGGGAAAGGUGGCAAAAAAUACUGAGAAAUUCAAGGAAUGCUCAUCAAACACCUAUUUGGCAAGGUAAGGGUAACUUACACAUCUGUGAAGGCAACAUUAAUGCUGAAAGGUACAUACAGGUUUUGGAGCAACAUAUGCUGCCAUCCAAGCCAUGUCUUUUUCAUGGACGCCCCUGCUUAUUUCAGCAAGACAAUGCCAAGCCACAUUCUGCACGUGUUACAACAGCGUGGCUUCGUGGUAAAAGAGUGUGGGUACUUGACUGGCCUGCCUGCAGUCCAGACCUGUCUCCCAUUGAAAAUGUGUGGCGCAUUAUGAAGCGUAAAAUACCACAACGGAGACCCCGGACUGUUGAACAACUGAAGCUGUACAUCAAGCAAGAAUGGGAAAGAAUUCCACCUUAAAAGCUUCAACAAUUACUCUCCUCAGUUCCCAAACGUUUAUUGAGUGUUGUUAAAGGGAAAGGUGAUGUAACACAGUGGUAAACAUGCCCCUGUCCCAACUACUUUGGCACGUGUUGCAGCCAUGAAAUUCUGAGUUAAUUAUUAUUUGCAAAAAAAAUAAAGUUUAUGAGUUUGAACAUUAAAUAUCUUGUCUUUGUAGUGUAUUCAAUUGGAUAUAGGUUGAAAAGGAUUUGCAAAUCAUUGUAUUCUGAUUUUAUUUACGUUUAUCACAAUUUCCCAACUUCAGUAGAAUUGGGUUUUGUAUAAGUGACUAUUCUGAAGAUGCAGGUUAACCAUUUCUUCAUCCAAAUUUGCUUUGGGAGUGAUGAUAUACAGAGGCUCUAUUCCUUGUUGCAGCAGUUGUAGAUUCCCUGCAUGCCAUCCCCUAGUCUCUGCUCCUCUCUCUCUCUCUCUCUCUCUCUCUCUCUCUCUCUCUCUCUCUCUCUCUCUCUCUCUCUCUCUCUCUCUCUCUCUCUCUCUCUCUCUCUCUCUCUCUCUCUCUCUCUGUAAUGUCCAAUAAAGGCAAGGAUGCCCCAAAAUAUCAUUUUUUCAAAAGCCUGAUGGUAAUGCAAAAGCAACUGAACAACAAAUGCAUGAACUAAAAUGACCUGGGGAAUCAGCUGUAUCUACUUAAACUCAUACAUAUAUUUGCAUGUUUUUGUUUAUCCAUCCAUCCAUCUCUAUUUAUGGAUGUAAAGAUGGCAAGUUUGCUUCUCUUUCACAUUUAAAAAGUAUCCAAUAAAAGCCCAUAAAAUGUAUUUCUCAUUAAAAAAAAACUCUAUUAGACUGGGUUAUAGAGUAAUCUCUAACCUUUUUUUAGACUGGAGAGCGUGGAUUUGUUUACUCUACUCCUUAGACAGCUACUGAAUGUUUUAUGAUUGUUUUGAAGAUCCUGUCUUGGAUUAACUUGACAGUGAUGCAAAGUAUAGCACAGCCCACGCUUUAGCACAUGCUUUCUCUCUGGUAAAUUUUGCCGUCUCUAGGGGACAGCUCCCCAACCUUGACUUCUGUUUAUAUAAAGGUACAUUCUCUCUUUCCCUCUCUGGGCUUUUAAUCAUCCUAGCACUUAACUUGCAUGAUUUUGACAUCCAGAUCUGCCAAAGUCCUGAAAAUAUCAUGUUUUGAACUUAUUCACCCUUCUUUCUGUCCAUUUGUUGGCAUAAGGGAUGUGAUGUUUAAGCUGCACAAUAUCAGAUUAGGACAAAAAAAGAUUUUAAAAAUAACAGCUGGGUCUCAGGGAAAAAUAAAUCAGCUCUAUUAUUCGAUGGGUAGCACUGGGGAUGUCUAUAAUCCUGGUUAGGUCUAACAAAGGACGGUACCACUGCUGCUGCAUUAGAGAGGAUUUUACUGAAUGCUACAAACUGACAGCUGCUGUGUGAACCAGGCAGACAGAAAAAUGGAGUUUGACUGAUAAAAACUUGAGGGGAUGGUAUGUUCAUAAGAAAGUGACACGGGGUAGAGUGGUGACCUCUUGAGUCCUCAUUAGAUUCAACAUAAAAAUACCAUGCUGUUACACAUUUAAGCCUGGUUUAAAAAGAAAAUCUGUUAAAGCUCCGGUGAGAAGUUCUGCAGAAGCCCUGGUUUUGCAAUUUUCCCAUUACAGACUGUAGAGGACAAGAUAUGCAAAGACUGCUUCUUUCAAAGGGGGACGCCAAAAUAAACACAAUCCUUAAGUUCCCCGAAGGAGCUUUGCGAUGCCUACGAUGGGCGAGUCAUUGCAUCUCCAUCUCCCUGGCUUUUUCUAGGUUGAUCAAAAGUUAAGUCAGGUUAACAUUUUCAAUUUGGUCCCCACCAUCGCCGGACUUCAUAAUAUCACAAUUCUGUUUAACACAGUCUUCAGGUGAAGUGGAGGAUGACUGACUUUUACCGGAGAGUGAAAGUUUGUUGUUUUGACUGCUUUACCUAGUUUACAUUUUCAUUUUUUCCUUGAUAAGUAUUUAUGUACAGUACAUGAUAACCUAUAUAAGUGUCUGAAAUCUGCUGAAAUUGGAACUCCUAAAAUAUGUAACAAGGAUAAGACAGCAGAGAGCAGAAAGUGUGCAAAACCACCACCACCAAAUCAGCCGCUCGAACUUACAGAAAUAUGAAAACAUUUCAAAAAAGCAACAUCUCAGAAUGCAAGACACAUACUACUGCCUAUUGUCUGACUUUGAUUUAUUAUGCCCCCAAUAAAUCCAUUUGAGGCUUUGCUUUUGAAGUAGAUUUUGAUGCAUAUUUCCUCAUUAUAACUAUUGUUUUUGUUCUUUCAGUGGGAAGUGCUGCUCUCCGGUGUUGCAGUGGCCUCGUGAUAAAAGAUGAUACAGGCUGGGAUGGCCUUCCCACACUAUCACAACUUCUGAACCAGUUCAACUUCGAACACAGGAGCUAUGACAAAGGUUGUUUGAUGGGAAAGUGAGCUGGCAGGAGUUGAGACUUCGGGAGUUAGGUGUGUUUUUAUAUCAAGAUACCACCAGCAGCUCUGUCUCAGUGACCCAGUGCCUGAGGAGGAGGUCACCAUGAUCUCCACAGCUCUCCGCUGGCUGGUCCUGGUGUCUUUUAUCAUCCUGACCAUCGGUGGAAACGUGCUGGUGUGUUUGGCUGUGGGGCUCAGCCGUCGACUGUGGCGGAUUGCUAACUGCUUUGUGGUGUUGCUGGCAGUGACAGAUCUGACGCUAGGCGUUGUGGUGAUGCCCUUGUCCGCCACUUCAGAGCUGCGCAGUGGGAAAUGGCCCCUCGGAGGGACCCUGUGCAACAUCUACGUCUCCAUGGAUGUCAUGUUGUGCACAGCCUCUAUCCUGACCCUGCUGGCUAUCAGUGUGGAUCGAUACCUCGCCAUUUCAGCUCCUCUUAGCUACUCCCGAAGAGUUACCCCUCUGAGGGCGACACUGGGCAUGAUUGCCAUCUGGACCUUGUCACUAGCCGUGUCCUUUGUUCCCAUCCACCUGGGCCUUAACACAGCAGACUACAGAGUGCAACACUUGGACUGGAGCAUUGGAGAUGAGGACAAGGAGGGACGCUACUGCCAGUUUGAAUGGAAUAACAACUAUGUUCUAAUUUAUGCCUUUGGCUCAUUUUACCUGCCGCUGCUGCUUAUGUGUGGAAUGUAUCUUUGCAUAUUCAGAGUGGCACGAGAACAGGUCAGUGGGUUUUUCAUUUAAUGAAACAAACUGAGCCACCAAAGGUCAUGCAUUAUUUUAGAAACUCAACAAGAUUUGAUUUCAGAUCAGUGAUCUGUAUUGAAAUGGAAACCAAUAUUUGCAACAGACCUCAAAGUAAAUGAAAACCAAUAUCUAUGAUGACAUUCAGUGUUAUUUAUGGUAUUUUCUCAAACAGUAGCAUCAAAAAUUUUAGAGAAAUUACUUUCUGAUCCUAGCUCCAGUCAUUUCGGUCAAUUCAAACCUCCCUGAUAUCAGUACGAGCUGGGACGAGUUGUUGAUUCUGCUGACUGUUCAGCUACUUAAAACCAAGCUGUAGCCUCCUAUCCUGAGAAAUGAAGCUGACGAAGAAGCCCACUUGAGGCUAGCAACACCUGCUACUUACAGGCCCAUUCUAUAUAGCCAAUCUCUAUAGCAAAAACAACAAUGUCUAUAGCCUAGUUCAAAAAUAUUGAAGGUCUGGAUAGGUUGCCUGUUUGCCUGUUGGGUUGGAGAAACCCAGAAACACAACUGAGUGCACAUCUGUAUAUUUUACCAAGGGUGCUCAACCUCUUUUCAGUUUCAGCAAUGCAAACACACAGAAAUACUCACAUAAAUGCCAGUCUGCAUGGAAAGCCAUGGCUAUAACCAAAUCCAAUCAGGAGUUUAAUCUAAUCAGAAAGAAAAAGAAGUUAACCAGAUACAGACCCAGUUUUCCAUGUUCGAAGAGCAAAAAUAAAUCUAUGUUUCUUCCUCUGGGACUGGGACAGUGGCGUCUUUGCCAUUCGUGAUAGACUCCUUGUAUUAAGCAAGAAAGCGACUGAUGUGUUAGAAUGCUUACCAGCUUUUCAACCCUCACACUUUCUAGAUUUGUAGAGCUGCUUUGGAAGGGACACCAGUCAUGCAGUGUUCAGAGAUAUCUUGAAAUACCAUUUUUUUAGCAAGGCCAUACUUGCAUCACAGGUGAGACAGAUGGAAUUCAAAUUUAAGCAAAAAUAGAGAGGAGAAAGGCAACACCAGCCAUUUCUGUGAUGUGAAGGAGUAGUAGGAUGUCUAAUGAGGACAGCUAUCCAUUCAAAGCAGCAACAUCUUUUGUUGCAUAGAGGAGGGUACUGGUUAAGUUUCAGAGAACAUGUGCCAUGUUGGCAAAGAAAAGUUAUCACUGGCUAAUGUCACAGAGCUAUCAUUGCGUAUUACAUUCACUUUAAAUGAGGACAAUUUAGCAAACAUUGCCAAUAAACGCUGGAUCUCACAUAUGAAAAAGUAUUUUACAAACCCGGCAAUUUGUUUUUUUUUAAGCAGCCAGAUUUUGGUUUGGGUGGUCCAUGUGCAAUUUAGGGGAGAUCUGCAUUGGCUGGCAAAGUUUUUUUUACUUUAACAUCAAUAAGAUUUAAACCUACAUUCAUAGUUUACAUAGUUUGGAGAGCAAAUUUCAGCCCUGUGGCUAACAUUUCAAGUGUCUGCUGAGUGCUAUGGUAUGAACAGUGAAGCGUUUUACAACUGCUAAUUGACCAAAUGAAUUACAUACAUAAAUAAGACAGUUCGUCUUAUUGAUUGCUUGUAAAAAAUGAUAUUAUGGAUUGAAGCAGCUGAAUUUCACAUGCAUUGCUGCUGCUUGAGAGAUCAGGGAUGCACCAGUCAUUAGCCUUUUUUUUUUUACCAAGCCCUCACUGUCAAGGUUAGAAAAGUAAUAUAUGCUGGUUUUAAAUUAAAUUCUAUGAAAGUUAAAACCUCUCUGUUUAAUGAGAUUUUUGUGGAUAUAAAAUGAGACCUAACAUCUUUUACUUCUUAAGUUAAAUUUUCAGAGGCUUUAAAAUCACAUCAACACAAUCACUAUGGCUUGUUGUGCACUGCUGGACUUAAUCCUGUAACAUCAGAUCAGUGACAGCUGAUCUGAUCCUCCGGCUCUCCUCAACCUUUCUUUUUGUUUUCCAGGCACGUCGUAUUCGGGCUGCCACUCCAUCAUUCGCACGCACAGCAUCAACUGCAGCCAUCGCCCGGGAGCACAAAGCGACAGUGACCCUGGCAGCUGUACUCGGGGCCUUUGUCAUCUGCUGGUUCCCCUACUUCACCUACUUCACCUGCAUGGGCCUUGGAGGGAAGACAAUCCCCCCUAACACGCUUCACUCUGUGGUGCUGUGGCUGGGCUAUUUUAACUCAGCUCUAAACCCCAUCCUCUACCCCGCUUUCAACAGGGAUUUCCGCAAGGCCUAUGGAGAGCUGCUUCGCUGCACAGGGCUAACCCAAAGAAAACUGCAGCUUACACCUGUGUCUGGACAUAAACGACUGACCUUUACAAAUGGUCAUAGACUUCCCCAGCAGUCUGGGAUACAUAAAGACAUGAUUAAGAAAGAAACUGAGGGGAAAAGUCUCACCACGCAGGUGAGAAAUGGACUCUGAUGAGCCAAGAUGAAAAAAGCAGACUGGCAGCAAAAUGCUGUAAAUUAGAAAACUCGCUCCGUCUCUCACAGAAGCUGUUUAGCUUACCAUUUACAGUACAGAUUUGGCAUCGAGUGCCAAAGACACAAUUUGUGUGGAGCUCAACGCACAAAAAUGCACAUGUUCAUUGAUAUUUUUUUUAAGUGUAAAAAUUUCAGACUUCAUGAUUUUGCUUAAAUGUGUUAUUUUCCUAAUGUUGUCAAAUUUCUGAUUUCCCCAUGCUACUAUGUUUCUCAACAACAUUAAAGCUCAAAAAAAUCACCCAAAAUGAAAGCAGAGCAGAGCAGGAAGAAUAGAUGACUUAGUAAAUUUCUUUGAAAACUGGACAGAGACAAGCAAAGUUAAAAGUUUGCAAAGUGUUUAUUUUCUUUUCCGUAGCCCGUGCCAGUGAUAGUAAAUAAAUGACCAGCAGUAUGACUCAAUCUUACAAAAUGCAUACAUUUGACUUGACGAAAGCAGUCUGACCUUAAUGACUUAGUGGAUGUUUGAAUAGACUGACCCCAACUGUUAGCGCUAACUAUAAAACAUAUUUUUUUCAGUAUGGUUGUCUUAUAAAAGACAGUCCAAGUCAUGAUGAAGAAUCAACUGUCAGCCGCACUGAUAAUGAAAGGCCUGACUUCUGCAGAACAGACACAGCACUACACUACAAAGAAACCUUGAUCUAUAAAGUAAUUACAACUUUGUUACACAAACUAUAUGCUGAGUGAUCAUUCCGUGUCAGCUUUAUUUGGUCCCCUCAACUGUUAAAAACAAGCAUCAGUGGUAAUAUGCAGGAGGAAAUGGUUUCUAAGCACCAUCAGCAACACAGGGAGAAACAUAAAUGUUUAAUGUGAGCCUCAGUGCUUCUGUGCUGUCAGUGAGAGUUCAAGUAUAGCUUGGGUUGAAGCAUGGAAAGGGAAAGAAAGCGCUUUGGGACAGGUAGAUAAUUUUACUCCUUUCCAGAAGGGAACAGCACUGUGGAUCUCACUUAGUUUCAUGAAUAUAAAAUAUAAAACUUUAAGUGAUCAAGUCAGCAGCUGCAUAGUGAUACAGUAUAAAAUAGAAGUCAUAAAAAUUAACUCUGAUUCAGGUCAGGCAGCAGAGGAGUAAAAAGUCAGAAUGGUGCUGCAGGACCAUUUAUGGGGACCAUUAAAUGCAGCGGACUCCUCUGAAAUGAGGAGGAUGGAUUUGUAAUAGUAUUAUUAAG